GCACCUUUUUUUUGGUAGGUUACUAUCAAAACGAGGUGAGUGUAAAAAUAACAAAUAGCCUACAGAAGAGAGGAGAACAUUUAAACUGGUUUGGGUUGGCGAAGCGUGCGCUUUUGACCUUAGAAACGGAUUUCCUAUUCUUGCCUGAAACCAAAGUAGGAUUUUAAGGACCGUGAAAUUGUUAGUUUGUUCGAAUAAGUUUCCGAUGAUGAAUGGAGUUCGCGGAAGUAAAGCAGACACGGUUCCACGGAUGCAGCUUUUCAAUUGCAUGCACGCGGAUUGCGGAGCAACUUUCACUCGUCAGUGGCGUUUAAAGGAACACGAGACUACGCACACUGGUGUGAGACCAGUGCAAUGUAAGGUGGCAGGUUGUGGUCGAAGUUUCUCGCGCGCAUCUCACCUGAAACGCCAUGCUCUUCAACACGGCGGAGUAAAAAAGUUCAAGUGUGGUGUUACUACCUGUGGAAAGGGUUUCAUCUUCUCAGACAAACUGAAAAGGCACCUUCGGUGUGUGCAUGGUCAGAAGGAGAAGUACUUCAAGUGCAACGUCGAGGGGUGUACGAUGACCUUCGUAAAACGUCGUGCUUUCAAACUUCACCAGAACACGCACGGAGCUACUUCAUUUAAGUGUUCCAAGGACGGGUGCCUGAUGAAAUUUGAUUCCCAUAUAGCCCGUAAGGCUCACGAAAGAACACAUGCAGGUUACACUUGCCCCAAAUCUGACUGUAAAGUGACCCAGAAGACAUGGGGGAAGAUGCUUAAACACAUGGCUGGACACCAAGUGGUGUUGCCGUGCCCCGUGUGCAAGAAGCAGUUCAAGAAGCGUGACUCGCUGCGCCGCCACAAGCGCACGCAUGCGCUGCAGAAGCCCGUGCUGCUGUGCCCACAGCAGGGCUGCCAGGCCUACUUCUCCACCACCUUCAACCUGCAGCACCACAUCCGCAAGCUGCACCUGCAGCUGCUCCGCCACCGCUGCUCCUUCCCCGACUGCGACCGAGCCUUCGCCAUGCGGGAGAGUCUGGCGCGACACUUACUCCACCAUGACCCAGAUGUUGCCAGGCUCAAGCGGCGGCAGCGGCGCUCCAGUAAGAGCUGGCAGAAGCGCCUGGAUGGGCACGGGCAGCAUGCCCUGGUGGAAGAGGACCUGCGCGGCCUGUUCGCCCUGCGCAUGCGCCUCGCUCGCCGCGCCAAGCUGGAGACCAACCUCUCGGGCCUCUUCAACGAGCGUAAGGUGCCACAUCGCGUGGAGCCCGAGACCAACCUGCGGCCUCUCUUCAGCCUGAAGCCCCCACGGAGAGUGGUGGAGGUCACUGUUGAAGAAAAGUCGGCCUGAUCUGGUACCUUAUUCAUAAUUUAUUUCAAUUGUCUUUUAUUUCAGUUUGCCUUAAAAUACCUGUAGAGUAAUGUAAAUAUGUCUUUUUGUUAAUAGUCGUGCCAAGUGUGGCUUACUAUAUACUUUUGUGAAAUGUGGCUCUGUCAAAGCUUGUGUAAUUGACUUAAUAUUUGUUGACUUAAGUUUUUGGAAGUGUUAAGACUUGUAACUGGGGUGUUUUAUUUCACUAUAAAAGUGUAAAUUUAUGUUCUGGAAUGUAAUAUUGGCAACUCAUUCCGGUUUCCUUUGUAAUGACUUGGUUGUAAAUUACAUGUAGUAUACAUUUCAGUUGCUGUGAGCCAGUCUAAUAAAAUAACCAGUGGAACUGUA